UCGCGUUUCCAGCUCUUUCGCGGUCCCGGAGACGCGCAGCGCGCCAUCGCCGUUAAACCAUAGAUCGACGAAUCGAAUCAACCCUCUCCGUCUCCAGCCCUCUUCCUCGCGUCCGUCAACCCUCCGCUUCUUCUUUCGUUUCGUUUUCUUUUUUCCCCCUUUUUCGAUCGCGAAGGAAACAAACAAACAACGAGAGUAAAGGAAGAGAGAGCCGCGAUCUCGCGGUUUCUGGCGUUUCUCGCAUUUGAAAUCGGAAGGAGGCAUUUCGAAAAGUUUCCCAUCCCCUUCCUUCUUUGCGGCGAUUUGUUGUUGUUGUUGUUGUUGUUACUGUUGUUUGUUGUUGUUGUUGUUGUUGCUGCUGCUGCUGCUGUCGCCGUUAAAAGUGGAUUCGUUCCGAAACAACGAAUGAACGAACGAAACACGGGGGAUUUUUUUUUUUGCCGCUUUGGUGAAGUGCCAUUUCUUUCUUUCUUGGUGGAUGGAUCUUUUGGAAUAGGUGCGACGACUAUUGGAGUGGACGCAGGAUGUGUUAAUAUGAACACGGAGGAGCAGUGAACCGUGAGCGUGCAUGAGUGCAUGAUACAAAGGAGGAAGGCUAUCGUUGGAGAAAAGAACGAAGAAGACACGAUGAGAAGUGCCGCAAGAUAUCGAGAAGCGCGACCUUCCCUUUUCGCGUCCCUUUUCGUCGUCCUCGCCGUUUUCGUGAUCGGUGUACACGGACUUAAGGAUAUAUCUAUCGAUAUUCCAUUGGCCGUAGCAGCUGGCACCACCGUCAAUAUGAGCUGCGGAUACGAUCUAGAAUCAGAUACUUUAUACGUAAUGAAAUGGUACUACAAGGGCUCUGAAUUUUUUCGAUUCGUUCCUAAAGAGAUGCCACCGACAAGCACUUUCGGAGAAUUGGGUAACAAGGUUAUUCUAAAUAAAAGUGAUGCUCAUCGCGUAGUUUUAAGGGACUUACAGCCAAACUAUACCGGAAAAUAUCUCUGCGAGGUUUCUGGCGAUUCUCCAUCGUUUACUACUUUGGUGGACGUUGGUUACAUGCAUGUGGCUAAUCUCCCGAAAGGCGAUCCUCAAGUAAGAUUCGAGAAGAUACGCUAUGCUGUAGGAGAUACUGUGCGUGGAAACUGCACUGUUCCAUCGGGAAAUCCUCCAGCAAAUGUGACAUGGACUGUCAAUGGGAUACCGGUGAAUUCCAGUUUCAUAAUGAACGUAACGGACAAACUCGGUGACAAUCAGCAACUAAUGUCUAUCGCAGGGCUGGAUUUCGAGAUUAUACCAGACAGUUUUAACAAUGGAAGAUUACAUAUUGUUUGCAAUGCUAACGUAUUUCAUUUGUAUAAAAAACAAGCUGAUGUUAGUUUGAUGGAGGAACGGCCACGUUUAGCAUCUGUCCUAGGAACUCGGGAAUCUUCUUACAUUGGGGGUGCAGCGAUACAGAUUAAGGAAUGGUUUUUAGAUGCCGCGGUCACGCUGUUGCUAUGCAGUUUCAGAUAACAACGAUGAACCUGUUAAUCAUCCUAUACGUAUAUGACUGUAUCGAAAUGGAGAGGGCAAAUUGUUUGUAAAAUUUUGAAAUUAUUAAGUGCGACGAAGGAAGAGCGAGAAGAAUUUUUCGUUAACAUAAAUAUCGACCGUAUGUUAUUCGUGUAAAUAGGAUAAAAAUUUAGCUAAUUAUCUACAUGUAAUUGCGACCUGCGCUGUCUCGUUGCAACGAGAUGAAUUUAUAACCUGAAUAACAUGUCAUAAUAUUACAUAUUAGAUCGACAAUGUGUCGCGCCAAAGUGUUCGAGAAUUUAUUUCAAUACUAUUAUACCAUGUUUUCUAUCCUCUGACAAUGAUUUUGAUACCUCUUCCGUAAAACAUUCCAUAAAACAUAGCUACCAGAAUGUAUCAUCUCACGUUUCUAGACAAAAACUGUUAUUGUUUGUGAAUAAAGUUUUACUUAAGUGAAAAACAAAUAAAAAAUUCACCUUCGUUA